AUGCUCGAGGAUUCGUCCAUCGUCCAUCUGAUCUCGUGGACACCGACAAACGACAGUUUUGUGAUCACGCCGGGAGAGGAGUUUUCCAAGGUGCUAAGUCAGUAUUUUAAGCAUACAAAUGUGUCGAGUUUUGUUCGCCAGUUGAACAUGUACGGGUUUCACAAGGUCAACGAUACCUUUCACGGAUCCAGUAGUAAUAGUAGUGGAGGAGCCAGUGGAGCCAGUGCUGGUGCCAGUGGCAGUGGUUCUGGAAGUGGAUCAGGUGCUGCUGGUACGGAUAAUGUGCAGUGGGAGUUUCGACAUGGCGGCGGGGCGUUUAAACGAGGCGAUGUUGAAAGUUUAAGAGCGAUUAAACGACGAGCAUCGCGGCAGUCGACGACUUCGAAUCGAGACGGAGUCAGUGUAAAGUCGAUUUCGCUGUCAGUCCCAUCGACACCGCCGCCAAGUGGCCAUCAUCAACCCAGCCAAGCAUUACAACAACAACAGCAGCAGCAACAGCAGCAACAGCAGGCGAAUGGAGGAGGUCCAGGAUUAGGUCCAGGAAUGGAAAUGACAUCAUUGUCGAUGCCAGCAUCUCGAUCGCAUCAUACACCAGGAGCCAGUCCGGGAGCCAGUGGCCCAGGAGGUCCAGGAGGUCCUCAUAUGUCGGGUCUUCACAGUCCGGCAAGUGUAGCGCAUUAUAGUCAGUCGACAUCGAGCUCAGCUGAUUGGGAGUACCGGAUUGCAUCGUUAGAACAGGCGGUGUAUCAUUUACAGGACUCGAAUCAGCGACUUCAUGCUCGAAGUAACGGGUUCAGCGAUGUGCUGAGAAAGACAAAUCACUGUCUUGCAUCGUGUAUUGAUAGCAUUUCUCGUGUUGGCAAUAGUAUUAAAACAGCACCAGGAGCAGCAACGUCUAAUGGUGCUAGUACAGCUCCUACACCAUCCAGCAAUAACUCUGGUAAUCCAGUCACCGAAGCAUCACGGACCACAUCGCCUAGAUCUACUUCUGAAGAAGAUGUGGUAGUAGAGUUGGAUCGAAUCCGUCAACAAUUACACACCGCCAGUUUAAUACUGAACCAACUCGACGAUCCAGGAUAUGCCAUUCAACCACCAGUACAAGGAGGACCAUUAACAGGUUCGUCAGUCACUGGAAGUACAGGAGGACUUGGCAGUAUUGGCGGAUCUGGACCAGGAUAUUCACAAAUCCCACCUCCACCACCGCCCCAAGGACGGCCACAACCAUUAGGAAACCAUCAACAAACACCAUUCCAACACAAUCUGUACAGCCAUUUUAAAGAAUCGAGUCGAGAAAGGGCACAAUCAGUUAUUUAUGAUCCCCUAGCGCCAGCACCAGCACCUGCACCUGCACCACCACGACCAUCAGCUGGCCAAUCACAAUCUCAACAACAAAGUCACAACGAACCAUCGAAUGAGACUGGUAAUUCGCAUUUCUAUUCACAUUCACAACCACACGGUUCAUACCAACGAUUCCCUCCACACCUGUAUCAACAGCAACAACAACAGCAAGGAUACUUUAAUUACGUUAAUGAAUCGACGUCUAGUAAUGGAGGAUACAUGCCACCAUCACGAGACCAACGACCUGGAUCGUUCCCACUAGCAACCUCGUCAACUUCAUACCACCGUAUGAACAGUCUUCCCGACUCGAUUCCUCCUAACGGACCCAUCAGUCCAAACCCCACGGCGUCGCAAUUCAGCAGUACAGCAUCAACACCACAAUCCUCUGUCACCAUCAAACCACCACCCACCAACCAACAACCACAACCACAAACACAAACACAAACACCAACCAACCAACCACCUACUCAAUCACAACCACCAGCAAAUCAACAAGCACCAUCACAAUCUACCCAAGCACCAUCUCAACAACAACAACCACCACCACACACCCAUCAAACACAACAACAACCACAAUCAUUACAUCCAAUCCAACAACAACCCCCACACUCGCAACACCCUUCACACAUUCCACCACACUCGCAACUCCCCCAAAUAAACCAGCGUCCCAUCACUAAUUUCCGCAGACACACGUCGGACGAAGUAUACACGAGCGAGUUCCAACCCACCAACCAGCCACUGACAUACAUGCGCCAAGGAAGCAGCAGCAGCAUAGGGACCUCUAAAGGCAGUAUUGGCAGUAUCUCGAGCAUCAGCUCGGUAGCCAGUUCGCCAGGAGCCACUUACCUCCACAAACCAGGCCCCACGAGUCCCCCUAUGAAACACCGCACGAGCAACGGGUCCAUCACCGGCAUUCCACCGCCCGUACCAACCCCCAAUCUCCGCCAAACCACGUCCAGCAGCGUACAAUCGCUUCUCAACCCAGCCUCGUCGUCGGACGACCCCGACGACCGCCAGGUCAAACGACAGCGCGCCGAGGUGCUCUAA